AUGGCGGUGGCUACGUCACCGGCCGCGGGCGGGAACGGAGAGGGUGUCCCGCUCCCUGCGGGCGUCGCCGCAACCGCCGCCAAUGGGAGGCAGGAGGGGGACAUGGCGGAGGGUGUCUUGGUGGUCGGCUCGAUGGCCCCACGCGCGGAGGGAGUCCCGGUGAUCGACUUGACGGCGGUCGCAGAGGAGGAGGAGGAGGAGAAGAAGAAGAAGAAGAAGAAAGAUCACAGUACGGACUACGAACAGAGGCAGUCCCGGAUCGACUUGACGGCGCUGGCAGAGGAGGUAGGCGACGAUGAGAAGGAAGGUCAAGGUGUGGAUGGCCCAAGCGCGGAGGGCGUUCCGGUGAUCGACCUCACGGAGGUGAGCAGCGAUGAGGAGGAGGAGGUCAGGUGGGUGGGGCAGUACUCGUCGACCCAGAGCAUCCUGCUCGUCGGCGAUGGCGACUUCUCCUUCUCCUUGGCGCUCGCCACCGGCUUCGGCUCGGGCGCCAACCUCGUCGCCACUUCUCUCGACUCCUGCGACACCCUGAAGAAGAAGUACAGCGGAGCAGAAUCCAAUUUGGCAGAACUGAGAAAAAUGGGGGCGGUAACUUUGCAUGGAGUCAAUGCAAAAACGAUGAAGCUACACACUGAUCUCAAGAUGAGGCGGUUUGACAGGGUUAUUUUCAACUUCCCCCAUGCUGGGUUCAAAGGGAAAGAAGACCAACCACAUAUGAUCAACUCACACAGGAAACUUGUGAAAGACUUCUUCUGCAGUGCAAGUCUCCUGCUCCGACCUGAUGGGGAGGUUCAUGUAAGCCACAAGACGAAGAACCCAUACAGAAAAUGGAACCUUGAAGAGCUCGCCUCAGUGUACGCUCUCUUUCUGGUUGAGCAAGUUGACUUCCGCAUCCAGGAUUAUCCUGGCUACAGCAACAAAAGGGGGGACGGGCUGCAGUGUGACCAGCCUUUUCUGCUAGGCAACUUGUAAGUUAUUAUCAUAUGAGAUAUAGACAGGUAAAUAGACAACUCAUACAGUGGACCGUCUAUUUGACUGUCUAUGAACUAUUUAAUGUGAUUAUACAUCUAGGAUCCAUCGUGAA